AUGACCUCUUCACGAUCAAACGUAACUUCCACCCCUAACAAAUCAAGCCUCCCAUCCAAGACAUCACCAGUUUCCUCGAACAACAGUGGUUCUGUACUCACCCCUAGCGUUGCUCUCAACCGAAUUCAACCAUCGGCCACUUCAAGACCGUCCUCGUCUCAAUCAAACUCAUCUUCGACGGUAACCUCAAUCACAUCCAAGGUAAAAUCGCCUACAACAUCAAAAACCCCACUAAACAACACUGGAUCAACAAACAGCAAUGCAUCAAACAUCUCAACCAACGUUGGCCAGGGAAGUUUGAAAAGAACUCCAUCCAAGCAAGAGAACUCAAAGAUCUCAGCCUCAAGUUCUUCGAUCAACGCUACACCAAUCACAUCACCUCCUCCACUUGUUAGAAGCGACUCCAAUUCUUCCUUAAAGAGUUCUACCUCAACCACCUCUAAUACCUCUUUGAAUACAAUGCCUUCAAAUAGAAACGAUGAAAAGGAAGCAACAAUUCUUGUCAAGCAAAUGGAAGGGCUAAAGUCCAGACUAGAGAGGGAGAAGCAAGAACUGGAUCGUCUUGUUGCUGAGAAGGAGCUGGAAAUAAGAUCUCAUAUUUCAGCUCAUCAAGACAAGGCAGAUGAUAUAAAGGCAGAGCUGUUCAAGUUGGAGAGGACGAAAGAAGUCCACGAAAAAACAGUUGAAAUGCUCACAAAAGAGAAGAUGGAAUUAGAACACAAUAUGGACAGCCUUAAAUCGGAAUUGAAAAGGACUUUGGCCUCCUUACACAGUGCUCAAAUUGAAAAUUCCACUCUCAAGAACGAGCUUGACGCUGUGGAAGAAAGGUGUACCUCUCAGGUUGAGAUUCUAAACAACGAUCUAAAACGCAAGCAGCAACAAGUAGGUCAGCUGCAAGCUGAAAAGGAGCAACUUGAGUACAGGGUGCAGGCUCUUCAAUCAGAAUUAUUGCAUCAGCUUUCAAGCGAAACUGAUCAAGAAAAGAUGGCUAUCUUGGAGAAUACGAUAUCCCUUCUUGAAAACGAGAAAAAAAGCUUAAAAUCCCAAUUUGAAACUCUGAGAAACAGUUACGAUGCCGAUACACGGAACCUCGCUAACGAGCGUGACUCUAUCAUGAAAGAACUUGUUUUUUCAAACAACCAAAUAGCCUUGAACAUUGAAGAAAUUGAAAAAGCCAAGCAUAGAUACACACUCCUAGAGCAAGAACUUUUCAACUCCAAGCAGGAAUCCUCGUCCAUGAUUGACUUGCUAAAAGAUGAAAUUAGGACCAAAUCGGAACAAAUUGAAGAAUUAAGUAAUGAACUAUCCUCUCUCAAGAACUUAUCUUUGGAAGGAGAAGAAAGAUCAAACGAGAUGUCAUCUUUACUUUCAACAAUAAGCACGCUCACAAUUGAAAACAAUGCUAUUCAGCAGCAAUUACACGAGCUGAAAGAGAGGAACAUGGACAUGGCCAAACAGCUGGAGUUCAAAGAAGAGAUUAUUGAGGAGGAAAAAACCACCGUUCAAAGAUUGACAGCAAAUAUUGAAGAACUGAAAACGAUGUUGAAAGAGCUGGAAGGGUCAUUGAGAAUUGAGAAUAAUUUGAAGGAACAACUAGCGUUUACUCUCGCAACAGAACAAAAGAGUAGAGAAAUAACGGAAGCAAGUGUCCGAGAAUCAGCACAAUAUAUAUCAGACCUCGAAGAGAAAUUGUCUCAAGAAAUCAGCUCAAAGCAAUCCCUGAUAGAAUUUUAUGAAGUUCGUAUUGCUCAGUUACAGAACGAUUUUGACCGUUUGGAUACUUUAAAAAGAGAAUCAGAAAAUCAAGUUGCAAAAACACAAUCCGAAAACAACAUUCUGCAGGAACAAUUAUUGAAUGAAAUUGAAGGCUCUGCUCUGCUGAAAAUCAACAUGGAAAAAUCAGAAGAAAGGAUAUUGUUACUGGAGCAGACUUUUAAGAGUCAGUUAGAAGUGAUUAGCCACAACGAGAAGCUCUUGAAACAAGAAGUUGAGACCCUUAAUGAAACUCUUCGUAGAGAGCGAUCAACUGUAGAAUCUCUCAGAAACUCUUUGGUAACAGAGGUUUCUGCUCAAAAGUACUAUCCCAAAAAAUUUUGGAUUUAG